AUGCUUGGUAAGAUGGCAGAUGAGCAAUAAGAGACUGUGCAUAUCUGGGGCCCAGGCUGCCCAAGCUGUUUAAAGCUGGCAUACAUCUUUGUUUGCCACUGCCACCCGUCCAGACGGAACACAGAGAUGUCCCCUCUCUACCAAGAUAGAUAUCCUCUCUACCGUCUCUCCCUCCCUGAAUUCCUUUCUCUUUUACAUAGAAGGCAUAUUCCUUUAAAUGGCUUAUUUUCAAUACAAAAAGAGCAAUAGUUAUGUAUUAGACUUUUUUAGGCAGUGCAAUACACUCUUACAAAAAAGGGUUCUAAAAGGGUUCUUCGGCUGUCCCAAUAGGAUAACUUUUUUGGUAUCAGGUAAAACCCUUUUUGGUUCCAAAUAAAACCAUUUUGGGUUCCACGUAGAACCCUCUGUGGAAAGAGUUCUACAUCGAACCCAAAAUUGUUCUACUUGGAACCAAAAGGGUUCUACCUGGAACCAACAAGGGUUCUUCAAAGGGUUCUCCUAUGGGGACAGCUGAAUAACCCUUUUAGGUUCUAGAUAGCACCUUUUUUUCUAAGAGUGUACUGUGAGUCUUACUGCUUGGCAAAUGCUGCCAUGCUCCUGACAUGCUGUCUGAGUGUGUGUGUGUGUGUUUUAGUUGGUGUGUGUGGGCGUGUCUUCACAGCUUGGCACAGUGGAGUUAUUUUAGGCUCUGUAAAGAGAUCUGCUCAGAGUGGUGCAUUUCCCUAGAGAGAUGCAGUAAGCAGGGGAAGUUUCAGCACACGUUUCCUUCCAUCCAGUCUCAUGUUUCACUAUCAAACCUCACUGACUCUCUGUGUGUGUAUGGGUGUCUGUGCCACCUCUGUGUUUGUGCCAAGCUUUCUGCCCCCUUCGCACAUCUAACACUGCAUAAGUGCCUCAGCAGUGUCCUCUGCUUAAUGGGGUUUAAUACUUUGGUGCUUGUGUUUGUGCGUGUGUGCGUUUGUGAAGGGAGUGUGUCGACACGGAAGUAGGGAGGGUGUACUAUGUUACGGCAUGUGUGAUGGCAGUAUGUGUGUGUAUAAUGUGGUGUGAUAUGGUGUAUGUGUGUGUAUGUCUGGCACAGUGUUUGUGGGAGCUCACUUUCUCUAUCUUCCUCCUUCCUCUCUUGUUCUCUGAUGGCUCAUGGCUGGUUACAUGGCUCUGACAUUUCCCAGUGUUAAAAGCUGGCAGCAUGUAACAUUACUGCUCUCUCUCUCUCUCUCACUCUCUCUCUCACUCUCUCUCUCUCUUUCUCUCCCUCACUCCUCUUUCUCUCCGUCUGCGAUCUUAACACACUGCUGCCAAGCGCUACAGUCAUCUGUCUCUCUCUCUGUCUCUUUCUCUCUCUCUCUUUCUGUCUGUCUCUGUCUCUCUCCCUCACACAUUCUGUCUCGUUCCAUCUUCUUCAGCUCUUUCUCUGAGCUCUGGGCAGUCUUCUUCAAUGAACUGAGCGAUGGCUGAAUUAGAAGCAGGCUGUUAGGGCUCUCAGAAGCCUACAUUUCAGACACUUCCAAUCAUUUCAACUUUUUCCAAUACUCUUGCACAUCAAUAAAUGUCCAUGUGAGAAGAAACAACUCUCAAUGGAAAUGCAAAUAAAACAUAGAGGUUAGACCCUCUGCAGGUGGCAUCAAUUAGCAGACAUUUUUGACAAUUCUAAUUGUCCAUAAUUUACUAGCUAAUGCUAGACUUCCCAAUCUGUGGGUUGUGAAAGAUAAGUGUGUGUGUGCGUGCAUAUGUGUGUGUGUGAAUUCUCCCAGUGCUCAGACAGUGUGCUAGACCCAGACAGAACACCAAGGGGUCUGAGUGUCCGGGGGAGGGUCUGAGUGUCUUAACAGGAUUAUCCUACCCAACCACUGAGUCUCACGCCUUUCACUCACCAACCCCCUUCUCACACAACCCAGUAGCAACUGUUGGCCCCUCACAUACACACAUGCUCAUACACGCAGAGAAGUCUUUCUCUCUGCACACCUUUCUACCUCACACACUAUAUACAGUAUAUCCACCACAAAAAGGAGAGAAAAGUUGUGUAAGAAAUAUGUCAAUGGGAAAUAUGACGCCCCCCUCACACACACACAUGCACACACACAUGCACACACACACUGAGACACACACACACGGCACACUAACUGAUGGAUUUUUUUGGUGACAGUUUUGACCCUUUGUUUUUUGGAUGUGCAAGGUAAAUUGCAGUUGGGGAGGAUAAAAGUAGUAAGGUAAACCAUAAAUCCCUUUUAGUGUUGUCUCUCAUUUUCUGGGUUCCUACUGCCAGUCGUUAGCUGGAGUAUGGAGGCUUUAGUGACUGACCCCUGUCUGUUGAUUCAAUGGACUCUACAGCCCUUUAUCACAAAAUUGCUUUUUAUCUGGAAAUGUAUCCUGGAUAAUUAUUGCCAAUGUGAUAUUUAUCUUGUCUGGCAGGAUUGCAUAGCUAAAUAUUUUGGCUUGUCAUUCUGAGAAUAAAGUAGAUGGAUCCAUUUUCUAUUUUAUUUGAAUCAAGUAGCUCAUUUUAAUUGGCAAAUAAUGAAAGGUUAAUUUCCUGUAUAUAUUUCCCUUUUUAGUGAAAUGAUAUGGUCUAAUGCUCACCUGUUAGAGCUUGAUUCCUCAAGCUCGUUUAAGGCUCACCUUAGUCUCGUUUUAGGCUUAUGUGAGUCUCUAGAGUAAUUAGUCUGAAGGGGAACCAACCUGUGGAUGGUCGCUGGGUAUAUGGGCUGAAUGACUCACUCACAGGUGGACCAAGAUACCACAAUACACCUCACUCUUGUUGUGUGUUUUACCAUGCCUAUCUGUGUGUAUAGUUACACAUUUCAGCAUUAAUCUGUUUACUGUCUAAAUGUUUGUAUUUCUGUGUGUGUGUGUGUGUGUGUGUGUGUGUGUGUGUGUGUGUGUGUGUGUGUGUGUGUGUCUGUGUGUGUGUUUGUGUGUGCGUGUGUGCGUGUGUGUGUGUGUGUGUCUGUGUGUGUGUGUGUGUGUGUGUUUAUGUGUGCGCAUGUGCAUUUGUGCGCAUUUGGGAGAAUCUGUGUAUUUAGGCUAGCAGAGCAGUGGAGCAGAAAUCUUUAUUGGAUAAUCAGUACUGGGUUUUUCUCAAAGCCGUGUGUGUGUGUGUGCGCACGCAUGCACAUGCCUGUGUGUGUGACUGUGCAUGAGUCUGCAUCCAUAUAACUGGUUUCAUAUUAAAAGGCUUUCAGCGGCGGCCCAUUUAUGAUCUAAUCUUGUAAAUGAGCUGAUGGAGGAGCGGGCUUAAUGAGAUUACACAUGCAUUGUGAAGCGGACCACAGGUCAUUGUCAGAGAGCCAUUCAAAGUCAAUUAUUGAUUUAAAUGUUCCUUUGCUGUCACAAGCAGCGGAAUACUUCACUGGGCCGCGAUUGAGAGGGCAGUUCUAGUUAUGCACCGCGAGAGGAUUUUCUUUUGGUGUGUGUGUGUGCACCACCACUCAGCGUAAGGGAUUAUAACACAGUUAUACUGACUGUCGAUUUGACUUCUGUAAAAAAUAACAAAACAAAGAUUAGAGGCAUACAUUUCUUAGUCUGCCUUAGUACUGUAGUAAUAUCUGCUAUGCUUAGUGGUGGUGUGUUUCUCGGUUAGGGGUUACUUCUGUACAUCAAUGGGAGUGUGUUCUCUGCAGAGUGUUCUCUGCAGGCACAGUGGUCAUUGUUUGCUUUGUAGCAAGCUGAGAGGCUGCUCACAGUCAGCUGGGAUAACAGUGUCCCAUAGCAGGCUAGAGGAAGCUGUGAUCCCCCCCCAAACACACACACACAUACACACACAAACACACACUUUGCAUGUCUGGAGUCAUGUCGCUAAUGUGGGGCAUGACCUCGAUAAGAGUUGCUCUCCUGUCUCUUCUUAUUUUUGUCAAAGAUUAUCAGCCUGAUAAUUAAGAUAGAUUUCCCCUAAAACCAUAUGAUGGCUUCCUAAACAUAUAUGAGAUCCGUAAGACAGUCAAGCACGAGUCAAAUGCAGCACAGCUGAAUUGAGCUGAACUCUUUAACUCAUUUCCUUUGGCCAUCAAUAUUGUAUAUUAUUUAAUUCAUUGAUUGAUGUUGUGAACAUGAGUCUAACUCUGUGUCCCCUCUUCCUCUUUGUCCCCCUGCAGGUAAGGAAGAGCCCAGUACCUACACCUGCACCACCUGUAAACAGGCCUACGGCAGCGCCUGGUUCCUGCUGCAGCACGCCCAGAAUACCCAUGGCUUCCGCAUCUACCUGGAGAGCGAGCAUGGCCAUGGCAGCCCCCUCACUCCCCGCAUGGGCAGACCCUCCUCCCUGGGCGGGGGUGCAGAUUGCCCCUCGCAGCCCCCCCUCCACGGCCUCCACCUGCCCUCCGAGGCCAGCCCCUUCAGCCUCCUCCGCAUCCCAGGAUCAGGCUCGGGGAGCCGGGACGGAGGGGGUGGACAGCAGCGUUUCCCCCCGACGCCGCCGCUGUUCAGCCCACCUCCGCGCCACCACCUGGACCCCCACCACCUGAGCCCAGAGGAGCUGGCGCUGGCAGCCCACCAUCCGAGUGCCUUCGACAGGGUGCUGCGCCUCAACCCCCCCAUGCCCCUUGACCCACCAUCGGCCAUGGACUUCUCCCGCCGGCUGAGGGAGCUGGCGGGCAACACCUCAGGGUCCACUCCCCCACACUCUCCCAACCGGCCCAGCCCUAUGCAACGGCUGCUCCAACCAUUCCAGCCCGGUGGAGGAGGUGGAGGAUGUGGCGGUGGGGGCAAACCUCCCUACCUGUCCACCCCCCCUCCUCUGCCUCCCUCCAUGCAGUCCCCCUCGGGUUCCCAUACCACCCCCACCACCCCGCUGCCCUCCUCGGGCCCCCAGCCUUCUACUCCUCUGAAGACCAAGUCGUGCGAGUUCUGCGGCAAGAGCUUCAAGUUCCAGAGUAAUCUCAUCGUGCACCGGCGCAGCCACACGGGCGAGAAACCCUACAAGUGCAAUCUGUGUGACCACGCCUGCACCCAGGCUAGCAAGCUCAAGCGCCACAUGAAGACGCACAUGCACAAGUCGGGAUCGCCCAACGCCGAAAAGUCGGAAGAUGGGCUCUCUGCAGCUUCCUCACCCGAGCCGGGCACCAGCGAGCGAAUGGGCAGCGCCAGCAGUGCCCUCAAGUCAGUGGUGGCCAAGCUUAAGAGUGAGAACAACCGCCUGCGCCGGGAGAAUGGGGAGGAGGAGGAGGAAGAAGAGGAGGAGGAGGAAGAGGAGGAAGAAGAAGAAGAGUUGGAAGAGGAGGAAGAGGAGGGGGAGGAGGAGGAAGAAGAGAAAGUGGAUGGAGUUAGGAGGAACAACAGCUACCACUUCAGCUUGAGUCUGGAGGCAGCGCGACACCAUGAGAACAACGGUAACAUUGGGAAUGGGGAAGUUGUGGGUCGUCUGGUAGGAGGAGAUGAGGGUUCCAUCCCUCGCUCGCUGCCUGAGGUGAUGCAGGGCAUGGGGUUGGCGGCCAGCAUGCAGCACUUCAGCGAAGCUUUUCACGUACACAAGCGCAGCGCGCUGGGCCAAGAGAACCACACACACCACCACCACAACCGCGAGCACACACAACGGCAGCUGUGUGACAAGAAUUCAGCGCUGGAGUCAGAUCGCGGCGAGGGGGGCUGCAUCUCGGCUGUGGCCAUCAACGGGCGCGGCACAUCCCCCAGCGAAGCAGCCUCGGUGGGCCUCUCCAAGAAGCUGCUCCUGGGCAGCCCCAGCCCCCUCAGCCCCUUCUCCAAACGCAUCAAGCUGGAGAAGGAGUUUGACCUGCCUACACCCACCAUCCCAAACACAGAGAACGUCUACUCCCAGUGGCUGGCCGGCUACGCCGCCUCCCGACAAUUUAAGGACCCCUUUCUGAACUUUGCGGGGGACUCCAGACAAUCGCCCUUUGCCUCUUCUCCCUCUGAGCACUCGUCGGAGAAUGGCAGCCUGCGCUUCUCCACUCCUCCUGGGGAGCUGGAUGGGGGGGUGUCGGGCCGCAGUGGGACGGGGAGCGGGGGAAGCACGCCCCACCUGGGGGCUCCGCUGACUCGACCUGGCUCCAAGGACGGCAGCCGCCGCAGCGACACCUGCGAGUACUGUGGCAAGAUUUUCAAGAACUGCAGCAACCUGACAGUGCACCGGCGCAGCCACACAGGAGAGAGGCCCUACAAGUGCGGGCUGUGCAACUACGCCUGCGCCCAAAGCAGCAAGCUCACACGCCACAUGAAGACACAUGGGCAGAUCGGCAAGGACGUGUUCAAGUGUGAGAUCUGUCAGAUGCCCUUCAGCGUGUACAGUACCCUGGAGAAACACAUGAAAAAAUGGCACAGUGACCGCCCCUUGAGUGCCGAAAUUAAGUCGGAGUAG